AUGGGAAAUUUGCGGUCACUGUGGAGGGCGACAAGAAAGACGAGUCAAAGAGCGAUACUGGAGCUGACGGACAGCAGUACCACGUUGUUAUCUACAAUCGGCAAAAAGCUGAUAUUACUCAGACAAAAUAUGUCACCGCUACCCCUCUUCGGUACUAAUACACUCUGA